AUGGAAUCUUACGAUGAGCCUGAUGCUGCAUCGGCUGCAGGCGCUGCCUCAGCCGUUGACUCGGCCUCAGCCGGUGAAGUUGCUUCUGGAAAGGAUCUCAACAUUGCAGAGCCUCCUGUCAGAGGCGUUCUUUCUGGUGUCGGCCCCAACCCCCAGGCCGCUCAAAAGAUUGCUCGCGAAAAGGGUUGGACUGACCCAGUGCCCUUCGAAUAUGCUGAGCUUGCUAAUAGCAAGGACCAUCGUGAUUGGGCUGGAAUUGCCGUCCGUUACGAAUGGAAGGACGAAUAUGGAGAUGUUGGUCCUGCUGUCCCUGAAUUGGAGGACCAGCUUUUCCAUGGUGAACUGAUUGCGCGUGCUGGGGCUAAGCUCGACGAACUGAACAGCUACAAGGUCAACAUCGAGAGUCCUAAUGAAAUCAAGGCGGUUACGGAGUGGGCAAACUUUGGUUUGCAUCCAGUCAUGCUGGAGAACGUUCGUCUCUGCGGGUACGAACAACCCACUGCGGUUCAGUCAUAUGCAAUUCCAGCUGUUCUGGCCAAUUUGGAUGUUAUUGCCGUGGCCCAAACUGGCUCUGGAAAGACGGGAGCUUUCCUCAUUCCAAUUCUUUCCAAGUUGAUGGGCAAAGCGAGGAAGCUGGCUGCUCCUCGGCCCAACACCACAGAAAGAUUCAACCCAAGAGAGGAUGCUGUGCGAGCAGAGCCUUUGGUUCUAAUUGUCUGCCCCACUCGGGAAUUGGCAACUCAAAUCUUCGAUGAUGCGCGUCGGUUAUGCUAUCGUUCCAUGCUGCGUCCAUGUGUCGCUUAUGGCGGUGCUCCUUCUAGCCUUCAACGUGAAGAGCUUCAGAAGGGAUGCGACAUUCUGAUUGCCACUCCAGGCCGUCUUCUUGAUUUUAUGGCACAGACUCAUGUUCUUUCGCUCCGCCGCGUUCGAUAUACCGUGAUUGACGAGGCGGAUGAAAUGCUGGAAGCUGACUGGGAGGAAGAGUUCAAAAAAAUCAUGUCUGGAGGAGAUGUGAACGAGGAUGAUGAUCAUCGCUACUUGAUGUUCUCCGCCACCUUCAACAAGGAUUUCCGGAAACUUGCAAAGCAGUAUCUCAGCCAGGACCAUGUGCGCCUCCGCGUUGGUCGAGCCGGCAGCUCGCACCAUAACGUUGUGCAGGAUAUUAUUUGGGUUGACAAAGACAAGAAGAUGCGCGCAAUCUAUGAUCUUCUGAUCAGCAUGCCGCCUGUUCGUACCUUGAUUUUCGUCAACAGCAAGGAGCAGGUUGACUUCGUCGAUGAUUACCUUUACAACUCUGGAAUGCCCACCACUUCUAUUCACAGUGGAAGAACUCAACGUGAGCGAGAGGACGCUAUGCGUGCCUUCCGGUCCGCGAAGUGUCCAGUUAUGGUUGCUACCGGCGUCUCCGCUCGUGGACUUGAUGUUAUCAAUGUGCUCCACGUCGUGAAUUACGAUCUCCCCAGGGCGAUGCACGGGGGCAUCACUGAAUACGUUCACCGUAUUGGACGUACUGCUCGCAUUGGAAACGAAGGAAUCGCCACCUCUUUCUACAAUGAACGUGAUGAGGAUAUUGCCGAGGAUCUUGUAAAGAUCUUGAUCGAAUGCAAGCAACUGGUCCCGGAGUUCCUCAAAGAUUUUCGCCCUGAGGGCGAUGUGCUGGAAUUUGACGAUGACUCUGAUAAGGAGUUCUUUGAUAACCCAUCUAACGCUGGUUCUGACGCUGGCUUUGCUGCUGGCUCUGACGCUGAGGUUGAAUCCGAAGCAGGAUCUGCUGCUGCUGAACCUAGUGACGCCGAGGAUGCGAACACGGAGCCUGCCGAAAAAAACGAGCCCGCUGUUCCCAAGCCCAUUGUUCCCAGACCCACCGCUACAUCCGAGGAGGAGGAGGCUUCUUCAUGGUGGAAGCCUGCCUCGCCCUUGGCUGAACGCCAGAAGUGGAGGGAAGAGGAAGAUAAGCGCCAGGAGACCAAGGCUGGUCUGGCGAGUUCUCACUGGGCCCCCCGGCCCCCUUCUCCCCAGGAUCCCGAUUCGUUCUGGAUGUAG